GGUCGGUGCGCACGCAGCGGCGGCGUGGCUGGGCUGCGCCUACAAGAGUCGCCGGCCGGCUCGCCAGCGCGCAGUCACCGCCCGCCUCUCGCCGCCAGCCAUGAACAACAACGUCAGCUGUCGCUUCGUGAAGGAGGAGCACAUCAGCUCCGGAGACUGGCUCUCGCUCGCCAGGAUCACCUACCUCGACCAGAACGGCACGCCCAGAGUUUGGGAAGGUGCAACAAGGCUGACAAGAACUGACAAUGCCAAGAUUGAUGCAGUUGGUGUCAUUGCUUUUUACAAAAGACUGCUGCAUUAUGACUGUAUUAUUCUUGUCAAGCAAUACAGGCCAGCAUUGAAGGCUUAUAGUAUUGAAAUGCCAGCAGGUCUAGUUCAAGAAAAUGAGUCUCCUGAUGAAUCAGCAUUGAGAGAACUCAAGGAAAUCACGGGUUUCACAGGAAAGAUCAAGAAGAUUGGUCCAAUACUAGCAAUGGACCCUGGUGCUUCUAACUGCUCAAUGCGUCUGGUCACAGUGGAGGUGAAUGGUGAUGAUGUUGAUAACCUGAAUUUGAAAAUUAAUGGAAAUGGAGUCCGAUUUAAGGAACCACUCCUGAUUCCUGUAUCGGAACUUUUGGAGAAAUUGAGUGCAUAUGCAUCUGCAGGAUUUAUCAUCGAUUCAAGAAUUGAUGCAUUUGCCAUUGGUUUGGUUAUGGGUAACCAGAACAGGAAAAACAAAAUACCCACCACACUGCUGUGAAGAGUCAUUUGCAACAUUUCAUAUCAGCUUAUCAAAUACCAAACUGUAUAUUUUAAUUCAGUACAUUAUUGUAUUUAGCUGAAUUCAUCCCUGUACCUGUAAUUACUUUCAUGUCUAGUGUAAUACUAUUUUCUUUGUUGAUUGUAUGUCACCAUAUCUCUCUCCUGAAUUGAUGUUAAUUCUUCUGCACUGAAAAGACUUCAAUUUUGUGAUUUCUUUAUAUAUUUCACUUGGUGUCUGACUUCUGUUGAAUUCAACACAAAUUUGACUUAUUCCAUUCAGGUUGUUCCUUAAUUAGCCUAUCAAAAAUGUGUCUUGUACUGUGGACAAUAAUCUUCACUUGCAAAUUUAUUCAAAAAUAGUGUCAUAAGCACAAUUGAUUCCUAUGUCUUGCUGCAGAUUACAGAGCCCAUCUACUACUUGUUCCAACAAGUUUCAUACAUUUAAAGGAAAAGAAUCUCAAAUUUAAUUUAUUGUAUGCUGGGUGAGAGCUAGUGGAAUACUUCAACCAAGAAUCAUUCUGAUAAUCACUUUUCAUUCAUCAUUAUUUUCUAAUUUCACAAGGAUCAUCACAAACAUAUUUCACAGCAUCAUUUAUUUAAGAUAUUUUGUACUAAAUAAGUUCUUUAUUCAUCAUCUUAAUUUAUUUUCUGCAAACUGUCAUUUAGAAAUUUGUCUGUUAAUUUUAGAGUACACUUAUUGUCUAUUAUUCCCAUUUUGUUGUUUGUUGCAAAUUGUCCUAUUAUCUUAUUGCCAUUUCUAAUUUUCCUCUAAUUGAAAUCUAUUACAACCAUAAAAACUUAAAGGUUUCUACCUCAUGUCACAUAUUACUGUGUACAUAGAAAGUCACUGGGAAACACAAGAAAGUGGAGAAUGUUAUCAGCUCCUACAAAGACUGAAUUCUGUUUAUGGGCCAUAAAUGCUAAGAGAGAGAUAAAAUCCAGAAUGUAAAUCUCUCUCAUAUUAAUUUUAGAGAGAGAGAGAGAGAGAGAGAGAGAGAGAGAGAGAGAGUGAGUGAGUGAGUGAGUGUAUAUUUUGUGUUUGAUUGUUUUAUUCUGGUCACUGAUAAAAUGCCAAUAUGCUGAGAGUGUGUUCUCAGAAGUGUCUGUAUUAUUAUAUAAUUUUUAUGUGACUGAAUAUUAGCAAUAAUUUUUAAAAUGAUAAUAAACAAAAAUUAAUGUAAAA